UUUAAAAAAAUUUAAAAAAAAGUGAAAUUAAAUUAAAAAAUAAAAUAAAAUAAAAUUAUUUACCAAAACAAAAGGCCUAACUAAACAGCUGUUAAUUGGAUAUCUGCUGCUUAACUGCAAAUUGGAUUUUAGCAAUUUAAAUAUUUUUGAGAAAAUGGAGGAUGAAAAUGACGAUAGAGAUGAUACCAAAAGAAGAUCUCGAAAUCUUAGCGAAAAGAAACGUCGAGAUCAAUUCAAUUCACUGGUCAAUGACUUGAGUGCAUUAAUCUCAACCUCAAAUCGUAAAAUGGACAAAUCAACUGUACUGAAAUCAACAAUUGCAUUUCUGAAACAUCACAAUGAGGCUACCGAUCGUUCGAAAGUAUUUGAAAUACAACAGGACUGGAAGCCAUCAUUUCUGAGCAAUGAUGAGUUUACGCAAUUGAUGUUGGAGUCAUUGGAUGGUUUUAUUAUAGUAUUUGGAAGUCGUGGUCCUAUAUUUUACACAUCAGAUAGUAUAACAGCUCAAUUAGGAUAUUUACCGUGUGAUCUCAUGAAGAGAACAAUUUUCGAUUUAGCAUACGAAAUGGAUCAUGAAAGUCUGCUAAAUGUUUUCCUAAAUCACAAACCCGUCAUUGAACCCAUGCAGACCGACAUCAGUUCCCGGAAUCAAAUCACAUUCUUUGUGCAUCUGAAACGUGGCGGCAUCGAUGAUCGUAGUAGUGGCAAUACACAUGAAUUAGUAAAAUUUGUAGGUUAUUUUAGAAAUGAUGCUAAUGUGGAGGCGGGAAGUAUACAAAAUACUCAAUCAUCAUUACCACGUAUUUUACAACUGAAUGCUGCGAAUGAGAUUGAUAAGAAGUUGAUAUUUGUGGGCACGGGACGUUUACAAAUGCCCCAGUUGAUACGUGAAAUAACAGUGACUGAUCCUACGCGCAACGAAUUCACCUCAAAGCAUAGUAUGGAAUGGAAAUUUUUAUUUCUGGAUCAUAGAGCACCACCCAUUAUUGGUUAUAUGCCGUUUGAAGUAUUGGGUACCUCAGGCUAUGAUUACUAUCAUUUCGAUGAUAUAGAUGAUAUUGUGAACUGCCAUGAGGGGUUAAUGCAGUCUGGCAAAGGAAAAUCUGGCUACUAUCGUUUUCUGACCAAAGGCCAACAAUGGAUUUGGUUACAAACCGAUUUCUAUAUUUCAUACAAUCAAUUCAAUGCCAAACCCGAUUAUGUGGUCUGCACCCAUAAAGUUGUUAACUAUGCCGAUGUGCUUAAGAACCAGAAAAAAGACAAACAAAGUAUUUUGACAAACACCAUAUCUGCGGACAAAAUCAAAUCUCCCGUCUCGGUCGUACGCGAUUUAGAACCCACUAAUAGUCAUGUAGAAUCAUCAACAACAACGCCCGCCACCACAUCCAGCAUAACGACUGGCAACAGUAGUGGAUUGUGUAGUAAUAGUGUUAAUUUGCUGGGCGAUAUUAUUAGCAAUGAAAACUCUCCCAGCAUGGAUGCUUUGUGGACGAAUGCAUCGACACCAACGGGGGCUGGCACUAGUCAUAUUAAUCCAUUGAAAUCGACAUCACGACCAGCUUCCAGUUACGGUAAUAUAAGUUCAACUGGUGUUUCGCCAAAUGUCAAAAGAAAACGUUAUCCGUAUCAUUAUAGAGGCAAUGAAUCGGACUCAACAUCCAUGUCGGCCGAUUCCGGUACGAGUAGGCAUUCGCUAAUGACACACAUGAGUUCGGGCCGACAAAGACUGUCAUCCAGUAUACAUCAGCAAAAUCUAAACUCAACAGGAAAUCAACAUCAGCAUCAUACACAUCACCUACAACAACAACACUCCAUGCCAAUUGCCACUCACAAUCAACUUUCUCAAGUGUUAAACCACCAGCAGCAACAUCAACAUCAGCAUACACACAAUCAUCAGCCAAUGCCUCAGCAAAUGUCCAUGCAUUUGAAUACAAGCAACGGCCAACAGGGACAUCAGAAAAUGCUGCAAAUGCUGCCGCAACAUUCAACGGCAACUAUGGCAGGAAGUAACUCAUGUCAAUUUUCUCAGACGCCAUUUCCACUGCGUAAUCAUCAAAUCGUGACGCCCACAUUUCUAGAACCACCACAAUAUUUAACCGCGAUACCAGUGCAACCAGUGAUAGGACCGUUCCCAGUGGCUCCGGUUAUAUCGCCUCUACCGAAUCAAACGGAUAUGCUAGCGGGACCUGUGAUAAUGACACCCACCCAGAGUCAAUUGCAAGAACAGUUGCAGCGCAAACAUGAUGAAUUGCAAAAAUUGAUCAUGCAGCAACAAGAUGAAUUGCGAAUAGUGUCCGAACAGUUGCUUUUGGCACGCUACACUCUGCUGCAGCCGAUGAUGCCCGUGAACUACAAUACGCCGGUGACGGUGGGGAAUAAUACUCGAAACUAUAAUUACAAUGGCAAUACCGUGCAGCCUCAGUUCAAUCAGUAUGGUUUUGCCAUGAAUGCAGUCGAAAUACAAAAUCAACAAGAUCAGCAAAUGAUGAUGCAACAGCAACAUAAUCUGCAACAACAAAUGCAUCAAAAUCACGCCCAACAGCAGCAGUCGGCCCAACAGUUACAACAAACCAUGAUGCAAGCCCAGACGAACCAUCACGAACAGCACGUGUUGCCUCAAACGGAGCCGUUAAUAAUGAAUCGUGCUGUACCCGAUUUGGAUCAAUUCGCCCAAGAAGAAUUCGAUGCUUUCCUUAAUCUAUCGCCUUUACACAGUAUGGAGGGUUCUCAAAGUAACAUGCUUCCGCUGAGUAGUGUCAACAACAAUAGCAAUCAGUUAUCAAAUCAAAAUGUUAACAACACCACGAAUACUAACAAUCCCAGUGCCAACAACACCAAUCACCUACAAACGACAUCUUUCAACACCAACCCCAACAACAGUGAAGACUCUUUGCUUUCCUACAUGCAAAUGGCUGCUGAAUCGAGUCCUGCCCUUAAUUUCCCCAUGGGCAUAAGCGACGAUGGUUCCGAGAGCCAGCAAGAAGACACCAAACUUUUGCAAAGUACCAACGCACCACAUCAUAUGCCAGGUGGAGCGGGGCCAACACAGUCCACAGUGGCGCCAGCACAACAACGUUCACCCUCAUUCUUUCCGCCUCAGAAUUUUCAAAGUCUCACCGUUGCCCCGCAAAAUGCUAAUGUAAAUAAUUCAUCCAAUAAUACUUCCACAACGACAAAUCCUAGUAAUAAUGCUGCAGAUUCCUUACCCUCAGAUCUGGAUGCAAUUUUGCCAUAUCCAAUCGCGCCAGAACAAUCUCAAAAUCUAUUCAAUACCAGCAGUACACAUGCGGCUGGUAAUAAUCAAUAAUAUUAGGUGAAAUUGUAGUGAUUAAGGUGAUUUGAAAAUUCCAGGAUAAUGGAACAAUGAUAAAUGUUAUUAUCACCUAAGUAUUGUAGCCUACAUUUUUCUUAAAAUAAUUCCAGUCUCAUUUCUUAUCUGAAAAAAGUGUAAGAGAAACUCAACUGAAGCGACUAAUGAUAGGAACAUCGAUAUUUUGCAUAAGGAUUGAUUUGAUCAAUACAAACUUCUCAAAAGAUCUUGAUGUGGGUUUCGGAAUUUUGUGUCAUUUCGUAUAAAGCUGCAACACUAAAGAGUUGAAAAUUUAAUUUUUUUCCAGUUUUUGUAAGAAAAAAAACAUUUAUUCAAUAUUAAUUUUCGCAUUUAUUUAUAACGAAAUAUUAAUAUUUAAUAGAAAUAAUUUCAAUACAGGAAUAAAUCACGCUAAAAUCAUGGUGAUUGUGGUACCCAAAAACAAUUCAAUGUAAAUAAGUUUCAUAUAGACAUAAAUUGUUCCACCUAAUUUAAUGACAAACGUUCCGUUUCCGAAAAUAAAUUAUUGAAAUUUUAAAAGAAAACCGUUUUGGUCCGGCUUGACCGACCGACCAACGAAAUAUGCAGGCAAUUCUGUUAUAUUGGAGUCCAUUGCGUUCAGAAAUAUUUAUAGUUUUUCUCGAUCACGUUUAGUAGUUUUUUCAUUCGGAAGAGGAUCGCAGAAAUCGAAACUAUAUACCAAACACAAAAUCUUCUCCCUUUGAAAGGCAGCUAAGAAUAUUAAGCCAACAGUAGAGGGUCAAAGUCCGAUGAGAAAAUCUGAUGGUACCUGGACACGUAGUGCAAAUGACAAGGCCAUAGUUUUCGCUAAACAUUUAAGUACUGUAUUCCAACUAAACUCCCCAACAAAUAAGUUUGUAUUAAGGGAGUUACCUGUUCGCAUUGAAACAGACUCCGAACUAAUCAAUGUUAGUCUAGAAAAUCAUUAAAGACAAUCUUAAACUAAAACAAAUUAGAACGGUAUAAUCGGCUUUGCCGAAUCUUAAAUACCCUCCACCUGCAUUAAUAUUUUUAAUGUUGAUAUAUAUGAGAGCUAUAACCAAUUAUAGGCUGAUUAUCAUAGAAUUAUUAUUAUUAUUUCCUUUAGUUCCUAUAAGGAACAUAGGGCCUCAACAAGAGAUUUCCAAUCGUUUCUGUUUGAUGUUAGGUUCUUGAUUUCAUUCCAACUUUUUCCUGCUAGCGAAGCCUCUAUGUCUAACUGUCUUCUCCAAGUGUGGGCAGGCCGUCCUCUCCUUCUACUAC